GGAAUUAUUACAGGCAGUAUGUUUGGGCUCACCGCUUUCAUUCUGGUCAAGCUACAGCGGGACUUACGAAAUUAGCGUCCAUCCACUUUAUGGGGCAGAAAUCCAUCCUGUAAGGUACAGCACCUGCAAUCAUCACUCCACGACCACAGCCGAUUCUCCUUCACACCUGGACCAUCACACUCUUUAAAUACAGUCUGCAACAAUGCUGGACACCCUUGUUGGACUUGCGAUGCUUGUCGCUGCUUCAGUCGUGUUUCUUUACUACUCCAUCUGGACACUUCUCAUGCCUUUCGUCGACUACGAUCAUCCAUUACAGAACCUAUUCCCCCCACGAGUUUGGGCUAUCCGCAUUCCUGUCAUCCUCAUUCUCCUGGGCUCAGCAGUCGUCGGUUCUUUCUUGAGUGUGGUUAUGAUUCGCAGCAACAGGAAGAGGGCAGCAAAGGCCAAGGCUGCCGGAAAGAAGAAGGCAUGAACACGCUCCCGGAAAAGGCACGGAUAGAAGUGAACCCUCGAGCAAGUGGUUGUAUCUGGAAUGAGCAAACCUCUUGUACGCUGGGGCAUAUACACAUGCUACGAGAAUUGGAGGACUCGGAUUUGGGAAUGCAGCUUGGCACAGUGUCAACAGAGUUGCGUGUAAUACUACAGA